UCAGGUCUGUGAGCAGAGCUACAUCUACAACCAAAGCCUAGACCCACCACAUCUUGGGGAGAGAAUGGCCACUGUCUGGGGUGCAGCUUUCUUCAUGCUGGUGGUAUCCUGCGUUUGCAGCAAUGUCUUCCACAGAGACCAGCAGACUUGGUUUGAGGGUGUCUUCUUGUCUUCCAUGUGCCCCAUCAAUGUUAGUGCCAGCACCAUGUAUGGAAUUAUGUUUGAUGCAGGGAGUACUGGAACUCGAAUUCAUGUUUACACUUUUGUGCAGAAAGCGCCAGGACAGCCUCCAAUUCUGGAAGGGGAAAUUUUUGAUUCUGUGAAGCCAGGACUUUCUGCUUUUGUAGAUCAACCGAAGCAGGGUGCCGAGACUGUCCAUGGACUUUUAGAGGUGGCAAAAGACUCAGUUCCCCGAAGUCACUGGAAAAGGACCCCAGUGGUCCUGAAGGCCACAGCAGGACUGCGCUUACUGCCAGAACACAAAGCCCAGGCUCUGCUCUUUGAGGUAAGAGAAAUCUUCAAGAAGUCACCUUUCCUGGUACCAGAUGACAGUGUUAGCAUCAUGGACGGAUCCUAUGAAGGCAUAUUAGCCUGGGUUACUGUGAAUUUCCUGACAGGUCAGCUGCAUGGCCACAGCCAGGAAACUGUGGGGACCCUGGACCUCGGGGGGGCCUCCACGCAAAUCACUUUUCUGCCCCAGUUUGAGAAUACCUUGAAACAAACUCCUAGGGGCUAUAUCACUUCCUUUGAGAUGUUUAACAGCACUUAUAAGCUUUAUACUUAUAGCUACUUGGGAUUUGGAUUGAAAGCUGCAAGACUGGCAACCCUUGGAGCCCUAGAGACAGAAGGGAUCGAUGGACAGACCUUCCGAAGUGCCUGUCUGCCAAGAUGGCUGGAAGCAGAAUGGAUCUUUGGGGGUGUGAAGUACCAGUAUGGUGGCAACCAAGAAGGGGAGACUGGUUUUGAGCCCUGCUAUGCUGAAGUGCAGGGAGUAGUAAAAGGAAAACUUCACCAGCCAGACGAGAUCCGGAGAAGCUCCUUCUAUGCUUUCUCUUACUACUAUGACCGAGCUGUGGACACUGACUUGAUUGACUAUGAAAAGGGAGGUGUUAUAAAAGUUGAAGAUUUUGAAAAAAAGGCCAGGGAAGUGUGUGAUAACUUAGAAAGCUUCACCUCAGGGAGUCCUUUCCUGUGCAUGGAUCUCAGUUACAUCACUGCCUUGUUAAAGGAUGGCUUUGGCUUUGCAGACAGCACUGUCUUACAGCUCACAAAGAAAGUGAACAACAUAGAGACAGGCUGGGCCUUGGGGGCCACCUUUCACCUGUUGCAGUCUCUGGGUUUCUCCCAUUGAGCCCAAGCACCUCGGAGGCCUGAACCAUUCUCGAAGGAGAAGACUCAGUCAUGCUCUGAGCUAGUGUGGGGACAACC